AUGUCUGCCAGACAACAACCACGCUCCGUUAAGCAAGCAACCAGCGCUCAAGAUGCUAGGAUCAACAGGAUGAGGAACACUGUUGAGCUCCGCAAGCAGAAGACCGAUGACAAGCUCAAGCGUCUUAGGAAUGUGGAGGAUUCUGGUCUUGGGGACACAAUGCUUGGGGAACAAACGUCCAUCGACGUUGCCAGACUUCCCGAAAUCACGCAGGCACUCUACGACCCUGAUGAGCAGGUCCAGGAGCAGGCGACCAGAGAGUUCCGCAAGCUUUUGUCCAUUGAGAGGAACCCUCCCAUCCAGCAAGUGAUUGACGCUGGGGUGGUUCCGCGUUUCGUUGAGUUCUUGAGCAACUGGCAGUCUCCUAACCUGCAGUUUGAGGCUGCAUGGGCCCUCACCAACAUUGCCUCGGGAACCUCUGAACACACCCAUGUGUGCGUGGAGAAGGGAGCCAUCCCCAUGUUCGUCCAGCUCCUCAACUCUCCCAACGACGAUGUGAGGGAACAGGCCGUGUGGGCUCUUGGAAACAUUGCUGGCGACAGCGCGAAGCUGAGAGACAUGGUGCUGGGUCAGAAUGCCCUCAUGCCUCUCUUGAGGCAGCUUGACCCGAACUCUACUCGAGUCUCGAUGCUCAGGAAUGCUACAUGGACUCUUUCCAACUUCUGCAGAGGCAAGCCGCAACCUGUGUUCGACCUUGUGAAGCCCGCGCUCCCAACUCUUGCAAGCCUGAUCUACUCCAACGACGAGGAGGUUCUCACCGAUGCCUGCUGGGCCCUUUCCUAUCUCUCCGACGGCACCAACGAGAAGAUCCAGGCAGUGAUCGAGGCUGGAGUAUGCAGGAGAUUGGUCGAGCUCCUCAUGCAUCAUUCCCCCCAAGUCAAGACGCCAGCCCUCAGGACUGUUGGAAACAUUGUCACAGGAGACGACAACCAGACCCAACUCGUGAUCAACUGCUCCGUCCUCCCAUGCCUGAAGGCCCUCCUCACCAACGACCGCAAGGGAAUCCGCAAGGAGACCUGCUGGACCAUCUCCAACAUCACCGCAGGAAGCAAGGAGCAGCUGCAAGCCGUCAUCGACCACGACAUUAUCCCCAUUCUCAUUCACAUGCUUGACAACGAGGAGUUCGACAUCCGAAAGGAGUGCACCUGGGCCAUUUCGAACGCCACCUCAGGAGGAGACGACUACCAGAUCCAGUACCUGGUUGAGAAGCAAGCUAUCCCCUCCCUUGUCAACCUCCUGGACAAGCCUGACGUCAGGAUCGUCAGCGUUGCCCUCGAGGGCAUCGAGAACAUUCUUAAAUGCGGGCAGAGAAACUUGACCCAGGAGGGCACCAACCCCUUUGCCCAGCUUCUUGAGGUUUGCGGUGGUAUCGACAAGAUCGAGGACCUCCAGAGACACGAGAACCAGAAGAUCUACGACAUGGCAGUGAAGAUCCUCGAGAACUACUUCGGGGUUGACGAUGACGACGAGGCCAUGAGCGGGCAGGUGAGGAGAUAA